AUGGGCGAAGCAGGCGCUGCCUUCACCCCCAAAGCAGAGAGCCACAAGUAUGGGGCUCCCACUCUGUGCCCUCCCCUUUACUCACGAGAUCUCAGCAAGACCAGGAAGCGGCCCAGAGGCGAGCCCUUGGUCCUUGCUCCGCCUAAGGAGGGUCUGGCCCCCAGCAGUCUGCUGGGGAAAGACGGAGGAUCAGGCGGGGGCUUUCUCCCCCGCAGACUGGGGGUGCCGGCUGGCGCCUGCCGCACAGGGCACUCUGUGGUCAUUGCUCCUGCCGCCCCCACCACGCUUCCUGCCCUUGGCCUGGGUUGUCUCACUGCCAAGUUCCGAAGAGAGAGAGCAGAGCUCACUGUUUCCAGGCUGGGCAGGGUCACGUGCACCCCAGCGUCAUGUCCCAUCUCAGCACUGCCCUCCUCUGUCUUCCAGGCUUUGGGAACCAUCACUGCAGUGCCUGUCACGGGUCCUCAGGUCAGCUCCUUGCAGAGGUUGGCCGGGCAAGGAGCGGCAGUGCUACCUCAGGUUAGGCCAAAGACUCUGAUUCCAGACAGCCUCCCCGUCACCCCAGGCCGGGACCGGCCCCCCAAGCAGCCCCCAACAUUCCAGAAGGCCACCGUGGUCAGCAUCAAGAACCCCAGCCCAGCCCUCCCCACUGCCAACAACACCGUGAGCCAUGUGCCAACGCCCAGCAGCCAGCCCCAGGCCCUGGCCGAGGCCGCCGCCAUCACCUCCCCACUGAGCAGCGCCGGUGUGGCCUACGCCAUCAUCUCCACCGCCCCCAGCAAUGCCGCCGCCAUGGCCCCCAGCACCGCCGUGUCCGUGGUCAGCGACAGCAUCAAAGUCCAGCCCCUCCUCAUUAGUGCCGACAACAAGGUCAUCAUCAUUCAGCCUCAAGUGCAGACGCAGCCCGAGAGCACAGCAGAGUCGCGGCCGCCCACGGAGGAGCCAUCUCAGGGAGCUCAGGCCACCAAAAAGAAGAAGGAGGACCGGCCCCCGAGCCAGGAGAACCCCGAGAAAAUCGCCUUCAUGGUAGCGCUGGGCCUGGUUACGACGGAGCACUUCCCGGCUGACCCGCCUCCACCCUCCCCUCUCUUGCAGAACGAGAUCGCCCACGAUGAGCGCUGUGCUGCCUGCGGGCGAGGGGCCGACCUGCAGCCCUGCGGCGCCUGCCCGGGGGCCUACCACCUCAGCUGCCUGGACCCGCCCCUCAAGUCAGCGCCCAAGGGCGUGUGGGUGUGUCCCAAGUGUCAGCAGAAGGCCUUAAAGAAAGACGAAGGUGUGCCCUGGACCGGGAUGCUGGCCAUCGUGCACUCCUACGUGACCCACAAGACAGUCAAGGAAGAGGAGAAGCAGAAGCUGCUGCAGAGGGGCAGUGAGCUGCAGAGUGAGCACCAGCAGCUGGAGGAGCGGGACCGGCGCCUGGCCUCAGCGGUGAAGAAAUGCCUGGAGCUGAAGACGAGCCUGCUGGCCCGGCAGAGGGGCACCCAGUCAUCCUUGGACCGCCUGCGGGCCCUCCUGAGACUGAUACAGGGCGAGCAGAUGCUCCAGGUCACCAUGACAACCACCAGCCCCGCCCCACUGCUGGCUGGGCCCUGGACCAAGCCCUCAGCAGCCGCCAUGCACUCUGCCCUCCAGCAUCCCCAGGGGCACAACUGACCCCAAGGGACCCAUCUUCACACCCACGGAAAGUCACUGGGACCUUGCUCACAAGACCUGAGGGUUCUGUCAGCCUUAAUUCAUAAACACUAUGAAUUGCAGACAAAAAUAAAACCAGACAGAGACAGAGGAGCGAAGGGAGAAGGAGCUGGAUGAGAAGCCUAGAGCCUGGACGGGUGGGGAUGGAGUCCGACACCCAUCACGUUCAGACGGGACGCCCAGGAGCCAGGUGGGGGCAUACAGUUAGCUCCUGGCUAUUGGGGGGCUGCCAAGGCCUCCGGCUUCUGGGCACAGGUGUCUCCUCGGCCUUGUGCCACCCCCGCAGGAGAAAGAGGGCUGAGGCCCCGGAGGGGCCAGGAGGACUGUGCAGCCCAGGCCCCAGGAGGAAGGCCCGGGGGUCCUGCGGGCGGGGAGCUGGGGCACAACGUAGCUGAGCAGUAGAGGUAGCUGGGGCGAGAGUGGGUAGCAGAUCUAGGUAGAAGCCGCCGCCCUCCCUCACGGGGCCCGCUGGGCGCGAGCCAGGCCCGGCCCCCGCCUCCCAGACGCCCCUGCCCCGCUGUCAGUGUUGCCGUUCCGACCCGCAGCUGUUUAACGUGAAGGAGGCGCCUGGGGGGAUGCCAGGCUCCGCCGCCGCGUCUUGAGAGCCCUGGCUGCCCGCCUCCUUCCUCUGCUGACUCUGGGACCUGUUCUGCUCUCGCUGUCUUUUUCUCAUGGAGUUUUGGGGCAAGAGGGAGCUGCAGCCGUGCCGUGGAGGCGUUUGGUGGGUUUUCUAUUUUGGGUUGAAUCGUUCAACUUCCGACCGAAGCCUUUUGUCUUCUCCCUUCGAAGAGCCGAUAAAGUCUCCCACUCCUCUUGUCUUGCCAGUACAGACACUAUGCCAAAAAGAAACUUUACAUUUUUGUAUGGUGUUUUUAUCGUGAGAUAGUUAAUGUGAAGGGGACACUUGCUACCUUCUUUUUCUGCUCCCAGUGGUCUCUGCUGCCAGGGACCAACGGGAAACCCCUCGGGGGCGGGGUGCUGCCAAACUGGACGGAUCCAGAGGGGUUUGAAGAAGUGGGGUGAGGGCUGGGGAGAAGGGAGGGGUGGCCUUGGGAGACCGGAGAGGCCCUUUUCCUGCCGUCUCCCCCCCCCCCCGAGAGCCGAGGGUGCCCGCCAGCUUACAAGCUGCGGGCUCGUCACACCCUCAGCUUCUCCAGUCCCCAGGGACUUAGCACAACAGGAUGAGCAUCUGGGAGCCACAGGGCUCCCACCCCCAGCAUAUCACACGGUGCCACAUUGCGCUGAACACACGUGUGCGUGUGCAUACGUGGCCCCCGACACGCACGCACACACGCUGCCAGGUGCAGAGCAAGGAGGCUGGCCGGAAUCCCACAGACUGCCAUGGUCCCUCCUGUCAUUUUCACGACUCCGGGAGAAACUGUGCUGUACGAUACAGAUCUAUUUUAAUACACUCAACACUGGGUUGAACAAGAUUUUUAUAUUCUUUUAUUGAUGAACAAAGCGAACUGUGAGACACAUGUCUUAUAUAUUGGUUACUCGAGAUGCCAAUUAUGCAUUACUGCGUGGCUUGCAAUGUAAAUGUCUUCAGGUUCCUUUUCUGUUGGUUUGUUUUUCUUCUUGGAUGGAGUGAAUUAAAUUUUUUAAAAAUGUACUGGGAGGAUAUGAAAGGUUGGACCCAGGAGGGGUAGCUGCCGAUGUGUCUUGAGACUUAGUUUUUUGGACCGAGGAGGACCGUCCAAUGGAUAGUGAGGAUAGAGAAAAAGUGUUUGUCUUAAAUAUGCUGAUGUAGUUUCCCUUCUGUACGAUGCAUUAAACUCGAUGGAUGAUUUCAAAGUCCUGCGGUUUGUUUCCUUGCCUUCGUCGGAAAAACCUCUGGGAGCACAUGGGGCAGGGAGGUGGAAAUCGGAGAGGCUGAAAAUCAGCGUUCUGCCCUCGCCCCACCCUGACAGAGGGAGGGAGGUGGGGGAGGCUCUCAGGCGCCUUCCAUGCACUGGUCCCCUUAGGAGGUGGCAUGUGCACCUGUUAGGACCAGGAUUGAUGGUCACAAGUAACAGAAACUCAGGCCAGGUGCCAUGUCCACACCCUCCCUCCCUCCCUCCCUCUCAGCAUCAACAU